CAUUAUUAGCGUUUGCCAGAGCCAGAAAAGAUAUGUGACAAGGUAAUGAGUAAUGUUCUAAGACGUUUACAGCAUGAUACUUCUGAACAUAAUUAAUUCCAGUACUUUCAGAAGAAGUUUGCUGCUGUAUGGGUCAGUAUUUGCAGGUAUGUUUAUUGUAAUAGCGAAGGUCUUGAAAAUCACUGCAGAUAUCUAAGAACAAAAUAGCUGUUUAUGUAUCUAGUGUGUUUAGUGAACUGUUAUGGCCCGGGCGGUAAAUUAGAGAUAAAGUGAACGUACUCAGCAUGGCCCAAGGAAUGGGGAUGGGCUUUAUCUCUCCAAUUUACUUAAAGAUGCGUUCCAACGAGACUGACACAAAUCUAGUAGAUAGGCCUCUAGAGCCUCAGGAGCUUUCAAUAUUUGCGGGAAUCAUAAACGCCGGGGCUGUAGCAGGCGCUUUAGUUGCAGGAGUAAUAUCAAACCAUGUCGGAAGAAAGAAGUUCUUCAUAUUGCUUGCAUUUUUAAUGUUAGCAGGAUUCUUCAUACACACAAUAACAAGGAAUCUUUAUUUGCAUUACCUAGCAAGAUGUUUAAUAGGUCUAGGAACUGGAGGAGGUGUAGUCAUUUAUCUUUAUGCUGCGGAAAUAGCAGGAAAACAUAAUAGAGCAACAACAGCCACUAUUUCAAGUUUGAUGUUUGCUAUUGGUAGACUCUACGUUUAUUGUCUGGGCCCCGUUGUUAGUAUCAAACAAUAUUGCUUUUUGUGUACAGUACCACUUAUGCUAUGUAUUGUUUGGAUAAUACUUAUAGUUCCAGAGUCUCCAUUUUAUCUAGUUGCGAAAAAACAAGACGCCAAAGCGGAAAAAGUACUUCAUAAGUUGAAUCCAGCAGAGAAAGCAAUGGAACAAAUGCAAGACAUCAGAGUACUUCUUUUUGCGAAAAGAAUGGACUGGAAAUCAUUACUUAUGGAUCAGGUAUCACGUAAAGCGUUUUUUAUUUGUCUGGGAGUCCAGUUUCUGACAAUAUUAUCAGGAGAUUACCUCAUUGUUAGUUUUAUCGGAGUAAUACUGAACUUUCCAAGUGGACAUUUAUCAGGAAACACUUACGCAAAAAUAGUUGGAGGUUUGAAGGUUGUUGCAGGUUGUGGCAUACCAUUUGCAGUGGAUCAUAUACCUAGAAGGAUGCUAUUAAUAUCUUGCUUAUAUGUUACUUUUGUGUGCCAUCUGGUUACAGGGUCAUACUUCACGUUAAAAUAUUUGGAUUAUAAAUGUGCAAAUGAUAUGGAAUUCCUCGUAGUGUUAUCUGUUACUAUCUAUGGCUUAAUUCAGACUAUAGGUCUAAGGAUGUUGAGUGGCCUCUAUGUCGGAGAAAUGCUUCCAAACAACAUGAAGCCAAUAGCUGGGCCUAUUGUCAUAGCUUGCGGGUAUAGCGUGGGUCUCAUACUAAAUGUAGUAUUCCCACUUCUUGAGGCAAACUUCGCAGUAGACUAUUUAUUUUACGGGAUGUCACUAGUGUGUUUUGUAGGUGCGAUAUUUUCUUAUUUGUAUGUUCCUGAGACAAGAAAAAUGUCCUUGAUAGAAAUACAAGACAUACUGCGAGCAAAACAGUAUGUCACAAGACUAUGAUCCAUGUGAGGACCGUAUGUGCGCUCAGUCUUUAUAAAUUUAGGUGCCAGAACAGAAUAUCUCCUUGCAAUUACCCCACAAGUUAUAUUUGUUGGAUUCUGAUAGGGUGUGUGGUAAGAAGGGGAGCAAUAAAUAUACAGUUGUUAGCAAUAAAGUGACAGUAUUGUUAGAAUGUAUAGAUAGGUCUAAUAACCUUGAAAUAGAGACAAUAACAAUAUAAUCUAAGAUCGUAUAUUUUGUCAACAAUAAUUUAUAUUUCACUAUAAUUUACAAAUUUUUAUUUGUACCCUAAAUGAUAUUAUGCUAUAUACAGUAUGUACAGAUAACAAUAUUGCUUAAAAUAUU